AUGCCUGAAGGUACUAACAAGAAGCCUUUGCGCAUUUCCAUUGAUCGCGGAGGAACCUUCACCGAUUGUAUUUGCAAAGUGAUCAAUGGGGAAGAUAUUCUUGUGAAAAUCUUGUCCGUCGACCCAAAAAACUAUGCCGACGCACCGACCGAGGCGAUUCGGCGCGUUUUGGAGAUAUACUACAAAACUACACUUCCACGAGGCUCUGAACUAGACCUUAAGGACGUUGAAUGGAUCCGCAUGGGUACAACGGUUGCAACCAAUGCGCUACUCGAGCGCAAAGGCGAGCGAACAGCCCUGCUCGUCACCGAAGGCUUCAAAGACAUCUUGUACAUUGGCAACCAAAGUCGACCGUACAUGUUUGAUCUCUCAAUCCGUCGAUCAGAACCUCUAUACUCAGACGUCUUUGAAGUCAAAGAGCGCGUGACAGUUGGGGCAUGCAGCGAUUCAAAUCUUCGUACUGUGAAGCUGUCAUCUCCAGAACCAGUCGAGUCGAUCCUUGCUACUAGUACUUCUGGUGAGGUUGUCCAAGUGCUUCAGCCUAUCGACUUGGCAAGUGCUCGGGAUUAUCUGCAAGAUAUUUAUAGCAGAGGCUUUCGCUCGUUGGCGGUUUGCCUUAUGCAUUCCUAUAUCUUCCCAACUCAUGAGUUGCAGAUUGGUGAAUUGGCAUCAGAGAUUGGAUUCAAAUAUAUCUCUCUUUCACAUCAAACCUCUCCACGAUCAAAACUUGUUCCCCGUGGUAAUUCCACGGUAGUUGACGCAUACCUGACUCCGAACAUCAAACAAUACCUGGAGCAAUUCUCAAGGAACUUCCCCAAUAUCGACCAGGGCGGGACGCGAUUGGAGUUCAUGCAGUCAGAUGGUGGAUUGGUGCCCUCCUCAAAACUCUCAGGGCUGCACUCUAUUCUUUCUGGGCCGGCAGGUGGUGUCAUCGGAUUCUCAAAAACAUGCUUCGACACAGUAGAGCAGACCCCUGUGAUUGGAUUUGACAUGGGAGGUACUAGCACCGACGUCAGUCGAUACAACGGCGAACUCGACCAUAUCUUUGAAACAACGACUGCCGGGAUCGCAAUUCAAGCCCCACAACUCAAUGUCAAUACCAUCGCAGCCGGUGGAGGAAGCAUACUAGAUUGGAGAGAUGGACUCAUGGCUGUAGGCCCCGAAAGUGCCACCUCCAAUCCUGGACCAGCCUGUUACCGUAAAGGAGGCCCCCUGACUGUGACUGAUGCCAAUCUAGCACUGGGACGCUUACUUCCAGAGGAAUUUCCUUCGGUGUUUGGUAUUAAUGAAGACGAACCAUUAGAUAGAGAAGUUGUUCUUGCCAAGUUCAAGGAUCUCACUCAAACUAUCAACGCAGAGACAGGUAAAUCAUUGACGUGGGCUGAGGUUGCAGAUGGUUUCCUCCAGGUCGCCAACUCAGCAAUGUGUGGCCCCAUUCGAAGUUUAACCGAGGCCAAAGGUCACGAUGUUGCAAAGCAUCACCUCGCAUCAUUUGGUGGCGCAGGGGGUCAACAUGCCUGCGCUAUCGCCGAAGCCCUGGGAAUUAAAAGGGUUUUGAUUCACAAAUACUCCUCUAUCCUCUCUGCCUAUGGAAUCGGAUUGGCGGAUCUCGUGCACGAGGAAGAGCGGGUAUGCGGAAAAGCCUUUGACCAUACUACGUCUCAAACGAUAUACGGCGAUAUGGAACUUCUCGCAGAUGUCGUCCGAGGCAAUGAGACUAUGCAGCCAUUCAAUAAUGUUCAGAUUCGCCGUUUCCUGAAUAUGAGAUAUGAUGGCAGCGAGACUGCAAUCAUGGUUUCCCUGGGUGGUGACUCUGAGGACCCUCGGGAAGACUUUAUUGCAGCCCAUCAUCAGCAGUUCGGAUUCACGCCUACCAACCGCGCAGUAUAUGUUGAUACUAUUCGCGCUCGAGCGAUUGGGUCCAGUGUUUUUUCCGAGCCAUCCGCCACACCUUUGAACCCCCUUCCCAAGUUACUUGCUGGAUCAGUGGCCCCAAUUCCCAAAAUAUGGAGAUCCACUUACUUUGAUCCAAUGGGAUGGGUAGACACACCAGUAUACCACUUUGACAGCUUGACAGAUGGGUUUCAGAUCUCAGGACCGGCCAUCGUUAUUGACAAAACCCAGACAAUCUUGAUCAGCCCGCACUCAAAGGCGACAUUAACACAAGAUGUACUUGUCCUGGACGUGAGCUCCUCAGGCCCUCAAGUGACAAGCACAGAUGCUAUCGACCCAGUUCAGCUUUCCAUUUUCCGCCAUCGGUUUAUGGGCGUUGCAGAGCAAAUGGGACGCGUUUUACAAAAUGUCAGCAUCAGUGCCAAUAUCAAAGAGCGGUUGGAUUUCACGUGUGCGAUUUUCACACCCGAAGGGGACCUGGUCGCCAACGCACCUCAUGUACCCGCCAUGAUUGGAAGUAUGGCCUUUGCCGUCAGAUCUCAGAUUGCCGAGUGGAACGGUAAGCUGCAGGAUGGUGAUGUUUUGCUUUCCAACACACCUGCAUUUGGAGGUGUGCACCUUCCCGACCUCACGGUCAUUACACCUGUCUUUGACUCGGAUGAAAAGAAUAUAAUAUUCUGGGCUGCUUCCCGCGGUCACCACGCCGACGUCGGGGGCAUACUUCCUGGCUCAAUGCCACCCUUGUCAAAACUUCUAUCUGAAGAGGGUGCAGCCUUUGAUUCAUACCUGCUGGUGCGCGCGGGCCAUUUCGACGAGGAAGAGCUCCACCGCAUGCUGUGCGUAGAGCCUGCCCGUUUUCCAGGAUCCAGCGGAUCCCGAUGCUUCCAGGAUAAUGUCACGGAUCUGAAAGCGCAAGUCGCUGCAAACCACUGUGGCAUCCGACUUGUGCGGCAGCUGAUCGAUGAAUAUUCUAUGGGUGUGGUUCAGAUGUACAUGCGCGCAAUCCAAGACUCGGCCGAGCUCGCCGUGCGGAACCUUCUGAAGCGUAUUUUUCAAGAUCACCAUGGAGAAGAGAUAUCUGCGGUGGACUACAUGGAUGACGGAACCCCGAUCAUGCUCAAAGUAACCAUUGACCCAUUAGAUGGUUCCGCCAUCUUUGACUUCACAGGAACCGGUCCGGAGGUUUAUGGAAACUGGAAUGCCCCAAUUGCGAUUUGUAAUUCGGCGGUUAUCUUCGCUUUACGCUGUAUGGUUAACUCCGAUAUUCCCCUCAAUCAGGGUUGCCUCAAACCUGUACAACUUAUUAUCCCCGACAGGUCACUGUUGCGGCCGAGCUUCGAAGCCGCAGUGUGCGCCGGUAAUGUAUUGACCUCGCAACGAAUUGUCGACGUUAUUUUCAAGAGCUUCAAGAUUUGUGCUGCCAGUCAAGGGUGCAUGAAUAAUUUUACCUUCGGAAAUGACGGAGAAAAUGGAUUCGGAUACUAUGAAACCAUUGCUGGCGGAAGUGGUGGAGGCCCCAGCUGGGCUGGUACGAGCGGCGUACAUACCAAUAUGACCAAUACUCGCAUCACCGACCCCGAAUCACUAGAACGCCGCUAUCCGGUCAUUUUGCGUCGUUUCUGUCUUCGCGAUGGGAGUGGCGGUGCUGGAAUGUAUCCUGGAGGAGAAGGUGUCAUCAGAGAUGUUGAGCUGCGGCUACCGAUGUCUGUGUCCAUUCUUUCUGAGCGCCGCAGCUUCGCGCCUUACGGUAUGGCAGGCGGCGCAGAUGGUAAGCGUGGGAAGAACACAUGGAUCACCAAGGCUGGGCGGCAUAUCUCCGUUGGUGGCAAAAAUUCGAUCCGUGUUCAACCUGGGGACAGGUUCGUCAUUGAGACACCAGGUGGUGGUGGAUAUGGAGCCCCUGGGGAGACGAAUAAUUCCAGCGUGGAUCAGUCAACGAUCAUGCCGUCGUUUGUUCCUAUAGCCAACGGCAGUCUAGCCGCCGACCGGAGCUUGGCAGAGGAAGUAUAG